AUGCCAUCCAACAUUCAGGUCUUCGUGAAAUGGAAGGACCAGACAAUAUUUGCAGGAGAGGAUGUGGAAUGUACUAUAACGUUCAAGAACGUGGCAGAUACUAGCCCUGACGCUCAUCAUGGGGGCGAAGAAGGUCGACAUUCACGAAAGGUCUCUCGAGUCGCGAAUCGCACACCUAACCCGAACUCGGAAACUUUCUUUGGAUUCAAAUCACCCCAGGCUCUAUUUUCCGGUCGGCGAUCAUUUUCGAUCAGCUCGCAGCGAAAGCCUUAUCACCGCACAGCCUCCUCUCUGAGCUCGCCGUUAGUUGGCUCCCACAGUUUUCCCCCAAACAGCGGUACCUCUACACCGCGAACGUGGCAACCAGGGCACAACCAUCAACGAUCCGUUUCCAUUCUCUCGAUUGAUAGUGAAGGUCAAGCCGAUCCGGCGCCUUCCCCGCGCCAGUAUAAUCGAUCUCUACCGGCCAGGGGCCACGGGCGCUCGGCGAGUCUCCAGGUUCUGCCACGGAGACAGAAUAGCUACGAGGAUUCUUACAAGAAAGCGAGAACUCCCUCUCACGCUUUUCCCUUCCCAUUGACAGAAGCUCCUAGCGAGCAUCCUAAUGGCAGCCUCAGAGUUGAUACCUCCAAUUUGGGGGGAUCCAACCGCCCCGGCUCUUUAGCCACAAGCCCAGUAGGGCCAGUAGAGCCAUUGCGCCCGCCUUCACGGCGACCCCAACCGCCUGCCCUCGAUUUCAAGUUUCCCGCCGCGCCUCCGACCGAAUCAACGAACAACCAAACCGUGCGCACUCCGUCGCCGAAGUCGGCAACCACCAAUGGCACAACAUCAACCGGAGGAAGAUCAACUAUUAAAGAUGCGCAGGGUCUUACCGGACCAGCGCACCAACAACUAACUCGGAUUAUAUCAGCCACAAGCGUGAAUGCGAGCAGCCGGAGUAGCGGGGAGUUCUACUCUGUGAGUGACCACUCCACUGAGACUCUCGGAUCUGAGUACACAAACUAUUCGGUACAGGGUGCAAGAACUCUCCCUUCCAUGCGGCAUAUGCGAAAUCAUUCGAGCGUAGCUCCACCUACUUCCAAAGCUCUUAACAGCCAGGCGCUGCUUAUGGGCUAUGCGCAAGUUAGCGCAUCUUUCACAGUCGAUGGUUCAUUGGUGAAUCAGGCGGCUUUCGAUGAAGUCAAACGAAAAGGAGUUGUCGGCGGGCAAGCGGGCGCUGGAAUUCCUGGCCGCGCACCGCCAGCAGCCGAGCGACCACGCAAAACAGGUGGAUUCUGGGGUGCACUCAAAUGGAACACCAUUGAAGAAUCCAUCAAUGGCCUCCUCUCAAAUAACGAACUGGAUGGACUACGCGAAAUGCGUGGCGUAACAUCGUCGAGAUCAAUCCCGCUGUUGUCCACCUCGCAAUCCCUCCUUUUUGUGGACCUUCGACUGGCACCGGGGGAGGAACAGUCAUAUUCCUUCUCUUUCUCUCUUCCUAAAGGACUCCCGGCGAGUCAUAAAGGCAAAGCUAUCAAAAUCUCAUAUAAUUUGGUCAUUGGGACUCAGCGGCCUAGCGGGCCCAACGAACCUCAAAAGGUCAACCGCAUCAAUAUACCCUUCCGUGUUUUCAGCGGCGUGAAUGAAAAGGGAGAUGUCCUUGGGCAUGACUUGAUGUCACCCUAUGUUCUUCUACGGGAUGAAGCAAAGGUGCAAAAGGUCGGGCCCGUGAUCCCAAUGAUAGCGAGAAAGCAAAGUAUCAGCAAAUCUAACCACUCUGCCUCGGACUUCCUUAGCUACGUGGAUGAAAUCUUAGAGCAACGUGCGCGUUCUAACACACUCUUUCCACCUGGCGCUCUGCCCUCGAGACGACCUAGCGUCGAGGGAUUGCCCCAGAUGCUUUCCAGCAAAGAUAUCAUUGACUUUGCCAUCCUCCGCAGUAACCAGGCUAUGAAUUCUCGUCGCAGCCCUAAUCGCUUUGAGAUCGCUCGUGAAGGCCAACGCAUUGCGGAGGUUGUUCUAAACCGACCAGUUCAUCGGCUUGGAGAGACUGUCAUCGCCACUAUGGAUUUUGGAAAUGCUACCAUUCCGUGCUAUGCAGUCCGUGCCUCGCUAGAGACAUCUGAAAAAGUCUCUCCUACUUUGGCCAUUCGAUCCCAUGCCAGCAUUCACCGAACGACGCGACGCAUUCAUGCUUCUCUGUUUGAGAACACACUCCAUGCCACCCGCGUAGUCUUCAGCCCUGCUAUCCCUGUUGCAGCCACGCCUUCCAUCCUGACUAGUGGCGUGACUCUCGAUUGGGAACUGCGGUUCGAAUUUGUGACCUCCAGUGUUCGAGGCGAUCAAGGGACCCCACCAUCGGGAACCCGAUUGCUCGAGACUUUGUCGUCAGAUGAUCGUGGCCAGCUGUUGUGUGCCAUGGAGCAUUUGAACUGCGAAUCGUUCGAAAUCUCUAUCCCACUGACUGUGUAUGGAGAAACUGUUCGAGAACGACUGCCAGAGGAGAAUCAGGGCUACCCGAUCUAG